GUCUCUCCCGCGGGGUUCACGCUGUCAUUAUUCUUUGGGCAAAGCCUGCUGGCCUGUGCGCCAAUCACCCCCUUCCCUUCACAACAUCACCUCCUUCCGCCACCCCAAUCAAAGCCUGGCAGCUUUGAUGAAUUGCACUUCAGCAUACCUUUUGCUGUGAAAUCUCAUGUCCUCUUCACUUUCAUUUCCACUUUCCACCAUGAAGUCGCCGUUAGAGAGCCUACCUGUUGAGUUGUUUGAUAUGAUUGCUGCCGAUUUCAGUCUACCAGAGUACCGAAGCCUCCGUCUAGUUUCGCAACAGCUUUACCAGUUCGUCCAUGAAAAGUUUGCGCGCCUCGCCUUUUCCGAACAAGUUACCACUCUCAGCCCAUCAUCACUUGAUCGCCUCAGCAAAGUGUCGAGUCAUCAAGGUCUUCGGGAUGCCGUCAAAACUCUCCACAUCCGGCUCCUGAAUGACGAGGAAUACGCAAAUCUGAAUGCAAUUAGCCGUGUGGGUCGAUUUCCUCCUCCGAAGCGAUUUCCUAGAGUGUUGGGUGUAAGAGACAACAACGUCAAUGAUGAGGCGGCCACAUAUGCCUACGUACUACACAACGAACGCCCCUCGCGCCUGUACGAUGGGCUUCUGAAAGUUCUCAAAGGUCUGCCUCAACUGAAAACCAUCAAACUCAGUAUGAAGCCGUCCGCAUCGUAUAUAUGGGAAUGCAACGAAACACCUCACAGUCUAUUUCGAAGCAAGUGUUUUGAAGUCGUCAUCUACGCUAUUACUCACAGCAAGAUCAAACUGGAAGAGUUCAGCAUGGCCAGAAGAAAAAGCCGCAAUAUUUUAUACAAACCGGUCGAUCUGUCGUUUCUGGCCUUCCAACUAGCUCCGCCCUCUCUACAGGCGCUGCAGCAUUGCUUUUCCAAUCUCCAGUCGCUCACGUUAUCAAUCAUGACAGGUUACGAUGUCCCGCGCCCAGAUGGGUGGACCCGAAGUAUUUGUGGUUUCAUUGCUGCUGCGCCCAACCUCAAGAAGCUGACUCUGAGUCUGGAUCGUGUCAGCGCAAAGUGGCCAUCGUCUUCGUUUGGCGGCAUCGUGGUCAAAUCUCUAGCCACUUCUUGUCGAUUACCAUGUCUUGAGACUCUCGAGGUACUAAACUGUGAACCACAUGUGAAAGACUUGGCCGACCUGAUCCGAACAUAUUCUUCAUCGCUUCAAUGUAUCGUCCUUUCUCAUAUCCAGCUUUCAACCGAUAAGUGGUGUCCAAUUGAGGACGCUCUAAAGGUAUGCCAUGAAUUAGUGUAUUUCCGCCUGAUUGCAUGCGAGGACCGCUGGAUUAGACUGUCGAUCAAGGCACGGAUUAAUGGUUAUCCGGACUUCACCUGGGACUUAUAUGAAGACCAUCAAAGCGCGUCUGAUUGGCUCCGCGGAGUCACGGGAUUGGAUAUAAGUUAAAAUUGUCCAAGCAAAUCACUAGGCUGUAAACAAUGGCAUCCAUCAUUCUGGGACAACUGCCUGUAGUUCCGUGACUGAAUAGACACGACAGACUUCCUCGUGUUGUCGUCAGCCAUAAUCAUAUUUGCACUC